GAAUUGGUGACCGUCACUUGGAAAAUUAUUUAAUUGAUCUUACCAAAGGGUCAUUAAUUUCCAUUGAUUUUGGUCACGCAUUUGGAUCUGCGACUGAAACACUUGAAGUCCCAGAAUUGGUACCAUUCCGGCUUUCUAGACAAUUUGAAAGUAUAAUGGAACCGCUCGGGUCACGAGGUCUCUUGGAGUAUCCAAUGAUAAAAAUAAUGCAAGCACACAAGGAUAUAUUGCUUAAUGCGAUGGAAAUCUUUGUUAAAGAGCCAUUAUUAGACUGGCAAACUAGAGCAAGGAAUCAAGCACGACAACAAAAAAAUGCAGAAAGUAGUGAAUUUGAUGAAAGUUCUCAAACAUCUGAAUGGUAUCCACGCCAAAAAUUGGAUAUUGCUAGACGCAAACUUGAGGGUGCAAACCCUGCCUAUCUUGUUUGUGAAGAGUUGGCGUUUGGUCAUUCAAAGAAAGUGUUUUUUGAGAAUAUUCAAAAAAUUGCUAAAGGAGAUCGGGAACAUAAUAUUAGAGCUCGUGUACCACAAAAAUGUGGUAGCAUUAAAGAACAAGUUGAAUGUUUGAUUGAUUUGGCAACUGAUCCUGUUGUUCUUGGCAUUAUGUGGGUUGGAUGGUUGG